GACGCUCAACAGUAGUACAACACUUCAUCGCUGACUCGACUAUUGUCGUUGACUAUUGUCUUGAGGGCAGCAUCGUUUGGUUUACACUGACGACGUCUUCUUGCCUUACAUUGUGCGUCGCGACGGUGGGCCCCAGUGCCCGUCUUGUGAAGGAGCUAAGAAGGAGGAAGAUACCCUAGAAAGAUGUCAUCGCAAGGUACCGGACGCGCACUUGGCCGUGGGCGAGGUCGUGCUGGAGCCGGCCGAGGUCGCGGCAGAGGGGCCCCGUCAGCGGGAGCAUCUCGUCCAGGUGGUGGAGCCGCAAAAGCUCCAGCACCUGCAGCAGCAGCAGCAGCUGCACCAGCACCUGCAGCAGCAGCUGCAGCAGCAGCUGCACCUGCAGCAGCACGUGCACCAGCACCGGCAGCAGCACGUGCACCAGCACCGGCAGCAGCACGUGCACCAGCACCGGCAGCAGCACGUGCACCGACAGGAGCAUGGGCAGCAGCACCGGCAGCAGCACGGGCAGCAGCACCGGCAGCAGCACCGGCAGCAGCACGUGCACCAGCACCGACAGGAGCAUGGGCAGCAGCACCGGCAGCAGCACGUGCACCAGCACCGGCAGCAGCACGUGCACCGGCAGCAGCUGCAGCAGCAGCAGCACCGGCAGCAGGUGUAGCAGUAUCCCCUGCAGACCCAGUAGCCGCUGUUGCUCAACAGUUCGCAGGCGCAGCCAUAUCGGGAGCUUCGGCAGGAGCUUCGGCAGGAGCUUCGGCAGGAGCUUCGGCAGGAGCUUCGGCAGGAGCAGCAUCGGCAGCAGCCGCCUUUCCCGGGCAAGGAGCAGCUGCACGACCAAGGCGUGGCGUCCAACACUUACCCGAAGCCCAGGACUUUGCGCCACAAUGCAAACAGGCGCCGGCGAGUCGCAUGGGCACGCUCAAUAACUCUAUCCUCGUGCCCAUUGUUACCAACUCGUUCUUGCUCGUACUCGGCAGGAAUGGCCCAUGCCAUAAGUGCGUGUAUAACUACCGGGUCACCAGUCAUCCCAACCUGGCCCCGUCCGUAUUGACCGCCGUUAUCCACAACUCCCCAGAGAUCACCGCUGCCGUGGGAAAGAUGGCCUUUGACGGCGCGCAGGCGUUCUUGCUCGGAAAACUGGCAGACAGUGUAACCACCUUCUAUGCCCGCACUAACGGUUCCAGGGACGGCUCCAUCCCACCCGAGGAUGUAGAGGUCAUCUUCGAAUACAACCAUGAUGUCCCGUGGGGAUCUCCAACCAUCCUGCAGGCGAUGAACAUCCUGCUGAAAUCGUACAUGAAGAAGUGUGGCAUGGUCCUUAUCGGUCGCCAUUACUUCCAGCCUGAUCAUGUCCACCCUGUGCAAGGAUUGGCGGGGAUCAAUGUGUGGCCAGGGUACGUGACGGCCAUCAGCGAAUGUAUGGGUGGUGUCAUGCUCAACGUUGACAUAGCCCACAAGAUCACCCGCGACGAGAGCCCCUAUAAUGUCAUCCAGGAGGUAACGCACAGUGGAAAAAAUGUGAAGGAGAAUGUUGAGAAGUUGUUGAUCGGUGAAGUCGUUAUGACGCCGUACAAUAACAAGACCUACCGCAUAGAUGACAUUGACUGGAACAGCAACCCUUGUUGCAGGUUCACGGCUGGUCGCAAGAUCGACGGCGUGUUUCAGGAGUAUGAAACGACGUAUCUAGAGUACUAUGAACAGAAGUACACGGUAAGCAUCCACGAUCACGGGCAGCCUAUGUUGAUCUCUUGCAACAAGAAGAAGGGACCAAUCCCUGCCAACAAUGCCGAAGCAGUGCAUGAGGCUCAGAAGCUCCUCUACUUGGUGCCAGAGCUGUGCAGGUUGACCGGUAUCACUGAGCGCCAGCGUGCCGACUUUAACUUCAUGAAGGAACUUGGUAGGGUGACUCGUGUCGGACCCAACGACCGUGCCCGCCUCACGUUGGAGUACCCUCACGACAUGAACAAGAAGCAGGAUUGCCAUCGCUUCGACAACUGGGCCAUCAGGGUCACAGAGCAGUUUGUGAAGCCUACGGCUCGGCGCCUUAGACCGGUUGUAAUGUUCCAGAACGUGGACUACGAGAAGAAGAUCCGUGGUGCUGAGCUCAAAUCCAACCCUGACAACCCUGACUGGACUGCAGCCAUGCGAAGCAUGCCGCUUCCUCGCCUGCCACAAAACGGCUUGCAUACCUGGCUCUUUCUUUUCCCAGAGCGUGUACUUCCACAAGCGCAGGACUUCCACACCACAUUGAUGAAGGUUGGCCCGCCCAUGGGACUCAACAUUAUUAGUGCAAACGUUCUCCGCUUGGACAGAGACAGCCCUGGCAGAUAUCAGGAAGUAAUUGCCCACGAGCUGCCUAAAAAAAAUUACCAGCUGGUGUGCUGCAUGUUGCCCAACAACCAGAAGCAGCGCUAUGACACCAUCAAGAAGCUAACGUAUUGUGGACCAAUACCAGUUCUUUCUCAGUGCGUCUUGUCCAAGACCGUCUCCGGCAAGAAGCUCAUGUCGGCAUGCACCAAGAUCGCCAUGCAGAUCGUUGUCAAGCUGGGCGGCGCCCUGUGGCAUGCGGAGCCGUGUGGUAUUUUUUCUAGUGCCAUGACCGUCGGGUUGGACGUGUACCAUCAGAGGGGACAGAACUCCAUCCUUGGCUAUGUGGCAGCUCUUACCCCGGGCCAGGACAGGUUCUAUUCCAAAGCUUUUGUUCAAUGCGAGAGAGAAGAGAAUAUGAAUCAGCUGCAUCAGCCUACCGUUCAUGCUCUACAAGCUUACUAUCAACUACACGGAAGAUACCCGAACAACAUUGUCGUGUUCCGCGAUGGUGUCGGUGAUGGUCAGCUCCCUCUGGUGAGGAGCCACGAGUGCGCCCAGUUCCUGGACGCCAUCCAGGCAACAGCCUCCCACAAGAUCGGUCUUACCUUCAUGGUCAUUCAGAAGCGUGUCAGCCAGCGCUUCUACUUGAACACAGGACCUGGCAGUUAUGAAAACCCUAGGCCUGGAACAAUCAUCGACGAUGUGGUUACUCGCAAGAAGUGGUGUGACUUCUACCUGUGCAGUCAGUCGGUCAACCAGGGAACUGUCACGCCCACCCAUUUCAACCUGAUCUAUGACACGGCCAAUGUCGGAAAGGGAUUUGAUAUCGACCUCCUUCAGCGAUACGCCUACAUCAAUACCCACAUGUACUACAACUGGCCGGGUACGGUGCGUGUUCCAGCUCAGUGCCAGUAUGCUCACAAGCUGGCCUAUUUGGUCGGCGAGCACCUCGUCAGUAUGCCGGAUGAUGCCCUCAACAAUAGGCUCUACUACUUGUAGACGUGUGCUGCUACUUGUACUUUGUACGCGCCUUUCUGGAUUCUCUACGUCGCGUCAUCACGCCGUCCACAGUACCUGUGUAGUGUAUAGCAUCAGGAUCCUCAUCUCUUGAUCAAUAAAUUGUGGUUUUCGGUGGCGAAUUUAAGGGUGGUGACACCACUGUCGCCUGUGUCUUACUGUUUGGGUCUCGUCUUAGGUGACAACUUUGUUGUGUGUGGGUGUGUGGUGAAGUGAUCGCUGCUGUCUAGUCAUCCCCUACCCAAUUUCUCCCUGUUCCUCAUGUGUUGAGAUUUGUCUUGAUGCAUGUAUGUGCGUGUGUGCUUGUGUUUGUGUGUUAUGCUUUUGAUCCCAACCCGCGCAUUUUUCAGUGAUGAUGGUGUGCUCCUGCUGCCGGCAUGCAAUGCAUUUUACAUCUUCCUUCCUUUUUCCCUUCUAUGAUGGCUGGCUUCAUGCUGGAGUGGCCAUACACGCCCAGUCCUUGGGCAGUUUGUGUGCUGUUAUCUACUCUCUCCCUUCGUGAGAGAUUUUUCUCCUUUCAUGGCGUUCUUUACCCUCUCUUUUUUGAGUCGACCCUGACACAAAGCGUAAGGUGUCUAUGCUUAUGCAUGUACCUCAUCUAACCAAGAACAAGAACGGCCAUUUUUUUCCUAUCUCUGGCUACCGUGUGCAAACUCGCUGUCUAGCUUCCCCGGUGCAUUUCUUUUUCUUUCUUUUUUCAUUGAUUUGCGUGCGAGUUUGACGUGGGCCACUACAGAAUGCUGACGGCAGCACAGUCAUUGUUGGUUUUAUAUGCGUUGCGUGUCGCCAUUAUGCUGCUUUGUGUGUAUGUUCUCCGUUUUAUCCGACAGCGUGCGCCCUAUCCUGUUUUUCUGGGCCCAAGCUUUUUUUCUCGUUGCGACGCUGUGUGCUGCUGCUGUUGUUCAUGUUGCUUUAUAUGGCAGAAUACGUUCCAGUUGA